CGACUUUAAAGGCGCCGGGCCAGAGCGAAGGGCGUUUGCGUGCCGCCGCCGCCACCGCCUCCACCGCCUCCACCGCCGCAGCCGCUGCCCGGGCCGGGGAAGGGGGUGCGUUGGAAGCAGGAAGCGAGGCGCGCCGAGAUCGUCGCGGGAGCAGCUGGUGACCCCCGGAGGAUGAACCACAAGAGCAAGAAGCGGAUCCGCGAGGCCAAGCGGAGUGCGCGGCCGGAGCUCAAGGACUCGCUGGACUGGACCCGUCACAACUACUACGAGAGCUUCUCGCUGAACCCUGCGGCCGUGGCGGAUAACGUGGAAAGGGCAGACGCAUUACAGUUGUCUGUGGAAGAAUUUGUGGAGCGAUAUGAAAGACCGUACAAGCCCGUGGUUCUGCUGAAUGCCCAAGAGGGUUGGUCUGCGCAGGAGAAAUGGACCCUGGAGCGCCUAAAAAGGAAGUACCGGAACCAGAAGUUCAAGUGUGGUGAGGAUAAUGACGGCUACUCCGUGAAGAUGAAGAUGAAAUACUACAUCGAGUACAUGGAGAGCACUCGGGACGACAGCCCCCUUUACAUCUUUGACAGCAGCUAUGGAGAGCACCCCAAAAGAAGGAAACUUUUGGAAGACUACAAGGUGCCCAAGUUUUUCACUGAUGAUCUCUUCCAGUAUGCCGGGGAGAAACGCAGGCCCCCUUACAGGUGGUUUGUGAUGGGGCCACCACGCUCUGGAACUGGAAUUCACAUCGACCCUCUGGGAACCAGUGCCUGGAAUGCCUUAGUUCAGGGCCACAAGCGCUGGUGCCUUUUUCCUACCAGCACGCCCAGGGAACUCAUCAAGGUGACCCGUGAAGAAGGAGGGAACCAGCAAGAUGAAGCUAUUACAUGGUUUAGUAUCAUUCAUCCCCGGACACAGCUUCCCACCUGGCCACCUGAAUUCAAACCCCUGGAAAUCUUACAAAAACCAGGAGAGACUGUUUUUGUACCAGGAGGCUGGUGGCAUGUUGUCCUUAAUCUUGACACCACCAUUGCCAUCACCCAGAAUUUUGCCAGCAGCACCAACUUCCCUGUUGUAUGGCACAAGACGGUAAGAGGGAGACCAAAGUUAUCGAGGAAAUGGUAUAGGAUCUUGAAGCAAGAGCACCCCGAGUUGGCGGUCCUGGCUGACUCCGUUGACCUUCAGGAGUCCACAGGGAUUGCCUCGGACAGCUCCAGUGACUCCUCCAGCUCCUCCAGCUCCAGCUCAUCUGACUCGGACUCGGAGUGUGAGUCUGGGUCUGAAGGUGAUGGGACGAUGCACCGCCGGAAGAAGCGGAGAACAUGCAGCAUGAUGGGAAAUGGGGACACCACCUCCCAGGACGACUGUGUGAGCAAAGAGCGCAGCUCCUCCAGGAUUAGGGACACUUGUGGAGGCCGGGCUCACCCCUGA